AUGGCAGCGACAAUCGAUGACAACGGCUUGGUGGGGAUCAACGUGAGGAUUUGGAGAUAUGUGGCCGUGCUGUAUCCCACUCCGGCCACCAAUUGGCGGAAGUUUGCCUUUGUGCUGCCCGUUUGUGGCAUGAAUGUGAUGCAGUUCUUCUAUCUGCUCCGCAUGUGGGGCGACCUGCCCGCCUUCAUCCUGAAUUUAUUCUUCUUUGCGGCCAUUUUCAAUGCCCUGAUGCGUACGUGGCUGGUCAUAAUCAAGCGUCACGAGUUCGAGGCAUUCCUGGAGCAGCUGCACGGACUUUAUCAGUGGAUUCACGAGUGCUCCGGUGAUGAGUACAGUCGGGCCGUGCUGCUGCAGGCGGAGCGAGAGGCCCAUCGCCUGGCGGUCUGCAAUUUGUGCGCCUCCUUUCUGGACAUUGUUGGGGCGCUGGUCUUUACGCUCUUCAAAGAGGAGCGAGUUCAUCCCUUUGGCGUGGCUCUACCCCUGCUGGACAUGAGCCGUUCGCCCGUCUACGAAGUCGCCUACUUGCUGCAGCUGCCCACGCCCCUGCUGCUCUCCGCCCUCUACAUGCCCUUUGUCAGUGUCUUUGCGGGGUUUGCGCUCUUCGGCCGGGCCAUGCUGCGUAUUCUGGUGCACAAAUUGUCGCUGAUUGGCGGGCAGGGCAAGGACCAUCGCAUGCUGGUAGAUCUGAUAUCCUGCAUACGCUUUUACAUCGCAGUAAUGGGUUAUGUGAAAAACUUCAACGAAUUGGUGAACCUCAUUGUGGCCGUCGAAGCAGUCAUCUUUGGCUCCAUCAUCAGCACGCUGCUUUUCUGUUUGAAUAUUAUAACUUCACCCACGCAAGUGAUCUCAAUCGUCAUGUACAUUCUCACCAUGCUCUAUGUGAUGUACACCUACUACAAUCGUGCCAACGACUUGGUCAUUGAGAACUCGCUGGUGGCGCAGGCCGUCUACAAUGUGCCCUGGUAUGAGGGCGGCAUUUAUUUUCGCAAAACUCUCUUGGUAUUCCUGAUGCAAACGCAAUGUCCAUUGGAGAUAAGAGUUGGCAACGUUUACCCCAUGACUUUGGCCAUGUUUCAGAGUCUGCUGAAUGCAUCCUACUCCUACUUCACCAUGCUGCGUGGCGUUACCAAUAAAUGA